GAGUGUGCGUGUGGACCAAAACAGAGAGAGAGAGAGAGAGAGAGCACAGUGAGAGAUCUCCCGCGGUGAAUAAAAAUCAGCAAGAGCAAGUGCCAAUAAGUGCCUGUGCCGUAUUUAACGCCAGGGUGGUAAUUCGCGCGAGUGGCGGGCCUGUUUUUCCUUUUUCAUUUUGUUUCGCGCGCAAAUGCAACACCGCGGCGACGUGACUUGUGCAUGAGAGCGAGAGCAAGAACCAACGAGAUACGGACCAGCCGAGCGAAUUGCCAUAAUCGAGGCGAUGAGCCGCGUAUGACGGGCGACGUCCCUCGCCGGCGUUUCCGCAAGAUGGACUGGCGAUCCGCGCAACGACAACCCAAACGCCGAGAACUCAGCUCCACCGAGACGCAUUCGUCAGAGCAGCAGACAAUGGCUCAGCCGUUGGCCGAGAUCUUUGAUUGUGCUAGUCGAGUGCACAUAUGCGGCACAGAAGCCGCCUGCGAGAUAAAGGGCACGAUCUCGCACUGCGUCUGCCCUCACGAUAAAUCACCGCCGACAGCCGAUCUCAAAUGUCCUAUUCGAGCUACUGCGCACACAAUGACAAACAGGCCGGCGCAGUCGUCGGACGACUCGUCGCAGGAGCAAGCGACCGAGGAUAUACCUGCGACCGUGGAAAUUCUGAACUGCCUGGGUCGGGCACACAUAUGCGGCACAGAAGCCGCAUGCGAGAAGAAAGGCUCGACUUCGCACUGCGUCUGUCCGCACGACAAAUCCCCGCCCACCACCGAUCUCAAGUGUCCGCGCGUCACCGUUCCUUUAACGCCGAAUCCAAUACCCAACAUCAUACUGCAGAGCAGUAACGUGACGAAUACCACGACGAUUCUUCCCGAGCCGGCACAGGUAGAGCGCAUGGCGCCAAGGAUACCGGAGGUGACUGGCGUCGCGCUGGGCUGCCUGCUAGUCCUGGCAUUGGUCAUCGGUUCGAUAUACUACUGCAAACGUCGCAGUGCCGAUGCAAAGUCCAAACGUCGCGAUCUCGAAGCGUCGCCGAUGAACUUGAAGACGAGCCUGCUGCUGGCGAACAAAUACACGCCCAACCCUCAGUACUUCAGCUACGCCUCGCCGGAAGUGCCAAUCUUGCUCAGGGACUCGCUCACUUUCCUGCGAGACAUCGGCGAGGGCUGCUUCGGCAAAGUGUUCAAAGGUGAACUCGUGCUCGAGGACAGUAAGGAGGUCGUGGCGAUCAAGGUGCUCAAGGACAGCGCGAGCCGCGAAGCCGAGGAGGACUUUAUGCGCGAAGUGGACAUCAUGUCGAGCUUCAGGCACGAGAACAUAUUGUCGCUCGUAGGGGUGGUGCUGCGCGACACCAGUAACGGGCCCUGGAUGGUCUUCGAGUACAUGCCUUACGGCGACCUGGCCGAGGUUCUGCGCGCCAACUCGCCCACGCUGAGGGCGCCCACUCCUGGAUUACAGCCUCUGAGCAAAGACUCCCUUCACUGGAUAACGACGCAGAUAGCGGCGGGAAUGGCGUACCUCGCCGCACAAAGAUUCGUUCAUCGAGAUCUCGCCUGCAGAAAUUGCCUGGUUGGUUCCGGCCUCGUCGUCAAAAUCGCCGAUUUCGGCAUGUCGCGCGACGUCUAUACCUGUGAUUAUUACAAGAUUGGAGGCUCCAGACUGUUGCCGGUUCGCUGGAUGUCGCCCGAAAGUGUCGUAUACGGAAGAUUUACGUUGGAGAGCGACGUGUGGAGUUUCGGAGUGGUUUUAUGGGAAGUUUACUCGUUUGGAAAGCAACCGUAUUACGGGCAUAACAACGACGAGGUAAUGAAACUCAUUCUGCAAGGCAUCAUGCUAAUACCGCCAGAAGACUGUCCAGCGUACGUGUGCCAGUUGAUGCGCGACUGUUGGAAAACGGAGCCACGCGACCGAAUUCGUUUCGCUGAAAUCGUCGAGCGUCUGGAAAAGGCUCAAGAUAAGCCCAGCCAGCUGAGCUCACUGCCAAGGCCACCUCAAGGCCCGGUCACCAUUCGCGCUCCAGAUGUCCUCGAUCCCGACGGUUAUUUGUUGCCGUCGCCAGCCACGCUUCGCGAGUACUUCCAACCCAUCCCCACCUGAAUUUCCGUGCUUCGAUUUAUCCAUACUUUUUAUGAACGCCUGGAUAAUCGAACGUUAGAAACUAAAGUGAUUAAACAACAAUUAGAGCUUGCUGUUGCCUCAAGAGAUGAUGGCAAGUUGAAAGCAAUAUAAAGUAUCUUAGAUAUAAUGUAGAUAACAUGUCCGAGUCACGCCAUUACCUAAAUAAUAUACUCGUUUGUAAUUACUAAGCUAAAUACUGAACUGAAUGUACCUAUACAUAGCGUAGACGUUAGAAUUAAUCAAUACAUUUUCGAUUUUUUUUCAAUAAUAUGGAAAUUAAGCAUUACUUUAUAAGGAAUGACGAUCAAAUUAAUGUACUGAAAUAUAUCGACUGCGAAAAUAAAGUAUUAAGUUAUACUUUAGAAUGCAAUACACAAAAAGGCAUAAAUAUUAGAUUUAUAUAGCGAAAGGCACAUACAUUAUGUUCUACUAUAUCUGCUAUACCGUGUGUACAUAGCCCCUCUACGGUGAUCAUGUUUCAUAAGUCGUUUUGUAAAAAUUAAGUUACUUCAAUCAUAGAUAGCAUCGUAAUUUUCGUGAACACUGGAUCAGUGUAAAUUAUAAUAAUAUUAUAAUAAUAAGAAUUAUAUGUAAGUAUAUAUAGAUUAGAUUGAAAUUUCAAAGAACGAAUAUCUAUAUGAUUUUUAUUUAUAAAUGUAUACUUCAAAUUUAAGAUGUAGUACUAGAUUCAAAAAUUGUAAAUACAAUAUUUUAUGUGUUUUUUAAAGCACCGCGAGUAUAAAGUUAUCUAUAGUCUUUAUAAGCAGCAGCUACAAAUUAUAUUUGUACAAACCGAUCGAGUAAUACGUAGAUUUUAGAAAAUUUAUCUGGAUUUGUAAAAAGCUAUAUUUAUGCUAAUACUUCUAUAUA